AUGUUCUCAAUCCUGUUUGUCACAGUCUUCUUGGCCAGCUGCUUGGCAAUGCGUGAGUAAUACAAAUACAAUUCUGAAUUAUAAUUAUUCAAUAAUAGCUUUUGUGCUUUCACCAUCUUGUCUUUUUCAGUUAGACUUAGGAGUUCUACUUUGAGACAAAAGCUGAUGUAUUAAAGCAUUGCAGAAUGUACUUUAGUUAAUUAAUCUGCACUUUAUUCAUAAUGUAAAGAUCUUUCAGAAAUGUGUUGGUAAAAUUAAAAUUAUGUAUAUAUAAAUAUGUAUUAUUAAUAUAGUAAAUAUAGAAAACAUAUUGCCCAUGUUAUUUUAGCCAUCAAAGACCUGUACUCGUAUUCCUCUGCGGUGGGUCAGGGAGGUGGCACCCCAUUUGCUUCCUCCGGUGAGGGACGCAUCACAGCGGUCAGAGUGUGGGAGAACAACAACGCCUACAUCAACGGGUGAGCAGACCCUGACCCAUGAACAGACACCACUGACUCAGUCCAACUACACUACCCAACAGACACCACCGAAUCAGUCCAACUACACUACCCAACAGAACACAACUCUUUAUUUCUUUUUUCUUCUUCUUUCUUCUUUCUUUUCUUUUUUCUUUAUUUUUUUCUUAGUGCUUUCUUCGUUUUUUCUUUCUUUCUUUUUCUUUCUUCUUUCUUUCUUUCUUUCUUCUUUCUUUCUUUUCUUUCUUUCUUUCUUUUCUUUUUUUAUUUCUUUCUUUCUUUCUUCUUUCUUUCUUUCUUUCUUUCUUUCUUUCUUUCUUUAUUGUGUUUAUUACAGAUUCAGUACAUGACAAAACAAUAGUGUUAUCAUAUCUAACCCAGAGUACAAUGGAAAAUGUCAGUCCUUGAUAUUCUCUGACGCUACUUGCUCUCUCGGUCUGAAUGUGCCUUAUCCAAAAACACAACCAACGUGAAAAAGCUUCCUCUGUUUUAGGUUCCAGCUGAGAUACAGCAACACCUGGUCUCCUGUGUUCGGUCGCGAAGUGGGUGAAAAGCAGGAGAUGGAGCUUUUUUAAGGAUGAGGCCAUCAUCGAGGUGUCUGGGAAGUACAACCCAGGAAACUACAUCUACACCUUGGUGUUCACAACCAACAUGGGGCGCACUCUGGCGGCCGGCCAGCCUAACCAAGUCUCCUUCAACUUCUACCCAGCCAACAAGGGCAAUGAGCUGAGGAUGCUCAGCGGUCGCUUCAACGGUGCCGGGAUCACUUCCAUCGGAGCCCACUGGGGAUGG